CCGGUCCCUCCGCGCUAGAGGACACGGCCAAGAUGGCGGCGGCUGCGGCGGCACUGCGGUACCUGGCCCCGCUGGGCGCCCGCCUCCCGCCGCAGGGCCGCGCCACCGGGCGGCUGCUGCAGCAGCGCAGGGGACUGCGGCUCUCCGCGCCCGCCGCCAUACAGGUGACGGUGCGGGACGCGCUGAACCAGGCGUUGGAUGAGGAGCUGGAGCGGGACGAGCGCGUCUUCCUGCUGGGCGAGGAGGUGGCCCAGUACGACGGUGCCUACAAGAUCUCCAGGGGUCUCUGGAAGAAGUAUGGGGACAAGAGGGUGAUGGAUACCCCGAUAUCAGAGAUGGGCUUCACAGGAAUCGCUGUCGGUGCUGCUAUGGCAGGGUUGAGACCAGUGUGUGAGUUCAUGACGUUCAACUUCUCCAUGCAAGCAAUCGAUCAGGUUAUAAACUCCGCUGCCAAGACCUGUUACAUGUCUGCAGGAGCAAUCGCCGUUCCCAUCGUCUUCCGGGGCCCCAACGGGGCAUCAGCUGGAGUUGCGGCUCAGCACUCACAAUGCUUCGCAGCUUGGUAUGGGCACUGCCCAGGACUGAAAGUUGUUAGUCCUUGGAGCUCAGAAGAUGCCAAAGGUCUGUUGAAAGCAUCAAUCCGGGACGAUAAUCCAGUUGUGAUGCUGGAAAAUGAAUUACUCUAUGGCGUUCCCUUUGAAAUGUCUGAACAGGCACAGUCAAAGGAUUUUGUUGUUCCAAUUGGAAAAGCUAAAAUAGAAAGGGAAGGAACUCAUGUUACAUUAGUGUCACACUCAAGACCUGUUGGACACUGCUUGGAAGCAGCUGCUAUACUUGCCAAAGAAGGUGUAGAGUGUGAGGUUAUAAAUCUGCGUACCAUUCGACCAAUGGAUAUUGAAACAGUGGAAGCCAGCGUCGUAAAAACAAACCAUCUUGUAACUGUAGAAGGAGGUUGGCCGCAAUUUGGAGUAGGAGCUGAAAUCUGUGCCAGGAUCAUGGAAGGAUCUGCCUUCAACUACUUGGAUGCUCCAGCUGUGCGUGUUACCGGUGCAGAUGUUCCCAUGCCUUACGCAAAAAUUUUAGAAGAUAACUGCAUACCUCAAGUCAAGGAUAUAAUAUUUGCAGUGAAGAAAACUUUGAAUAUCUGAGUUGUAAAUACAUGGUUUAAAGUCCUGCUUUACAAAUUAUUCAUGGUGUAGGGCAUGUUGUAUGCGUAACUUUUGUUGUAUACCUACACAAAGUUUUGUACAGUGGAGAAAGUAUAGUGACCUCCCAGAAUAUUUAUAUGGGGUUAUCUUCUAAGCCACACUUCAUAUAAGCAACAGUGCGGGAGCGCUUGUUUGUUCAGUGGUACCAGGUGCGUUGGUGCUACUGUAUGUAGAGAAAUCCUAUUUUAAAUUCAGAGUGAGGAAAAAAUCCUCUGUUUCUGCUUGGCUUGUAAUUACCAGACUAGCUGUGUUAAACUGGGUCUAGUGGUGGUUGAGUGAAGAACUGCCUUAAGCAAGAGGAGGCCCUGAGCCUGGUCCUGGAGCACUGUACAGCUCUCUAGGAGCCCAGGGUCACAAGGCUUAUUAGAGGUGAAUGAUCAAACAGGAGCAAGUGAAGCCUUGCUUUUACGUUACACAGUUAAGUGCAACAGCUCAUAAAGUGGCAGCUUUGGAAUCCUGUGGUAUGGGUUAAGAGAGAGCUGCCAUGUUUCGUUUGAAAAGCACUCCGCUCACGCAGGAAAGCUUCUGCACAAGAGCUUAAAUAAAGAUCCUGAUCCCAUUCAGUAUGUCAUGGGUAACACUACAUAACUUUUCUUUACUAGCUGCCACAUACAGUGAUAAAAAGAAAAAAAACUUGCCCAAAUGUUUUAUGGUUUUGGUUUUUUUAACUCAUCACAUGGGCCAACAGCAUCCUCAAACUACAGUUCUUACAGUGCAAAGUAAGUUAUUUUAUUCAGACGCAGGGAGCCUGGCUCUGAAGCAGCAGUUGUGUAGAUUGUGUUUGAAGAGCCAGGAAACGGUCGCAGCAGCCUUUUGGGAGAUCGCCACGUCCAAGGGUUUAGCAAAGGCCUAGUCCUGAGAGGCAGGGAGAGCCUGCUAGGCUUCGUUCAGCAGCUUCUGGUACAGAGUAAAAGCUGCUUUUAGGAGUCUGCGGUGUGGCUUGCUCUAUACCCCAGGGAGGGUGGCUUUCCAGUGAACUGUUGCAGAGGAGAUACUUACCUCUGUAAGGAGACAGAAGAGCUCGGGUCCUGUUUCAGUGAAGGGCCAGGAAUAUCUUUCAGGGUAUUUCCUUUAGCAGAGGUGCUGUUAGGUUCUUAGGAAGUCUGGUUUGCAGGUGCAGUCCUAGCUGAACAUACCCACCACCACGCUGCCGAAGGAAUUCCAUUAACAUUUUAAUAAAAAUGACUGAAUAUCACAGGUUACAUGAAAUUUUGUACAGACAUUCUCUGCAUAGUAACAAACACUGAUGUACUUGAAUUUAAAAAAAUGGAUUAUCUAUAAUCCUUUAAAGUGCAAUUUGUUUAAGGUUUUAAAUCAAGAAGGAUCUCUCAAUAAAGUUUAAGCUGUAGAAUUAA